AUGGUACUUGAUCCCGUUCGUGGCACAUCACGCUUCUUGCUCACGUUGCUUUCUCGCCCUCGUCUUGCUCAUGUAGUGGUUGUGAUGUUGGCCACGGCAAAGCGUCUUCCCAAGGCACUCUCGCCGUACGCCCAGGCAUUGAAGCAUGUUGCGCUUAGGGGUGCGGUGGCCUUCGGGCCUAGCGCCAAGGAAAUGGAGUUGGAUAUGUACCGAAAAGGCACACUGCCGCCCGACUAUCGCCCCCCAGUGCAGGGGAAAUGGGAUGACACCAUUGAGCGCUGGGCGUACGCCUGGCAGUUUCCAGCUGACGAAGAGCAGGAAGAUAUCGUGGGCGCCGUGGCACGCAACUCUUCGGGCAUGCAGGCCUUGCUAGAGUUCGGCAAUAGGUUAUUACAGUCCCCGCCAUCUGCGCAGCCGCAUUCGGGAAAAUAUUCAAAAGUGUAUCCCCCAAUUGCCGUUGCGCUGAAUCAUGAGUUGGCAGGACUUCUGCCGUCCUCCUCCAGCUACGAGCACUUGGAGCAGGCCGUGUCGGAGCUCGCAACCUCCAGCGACACAGGACCGACUUCGCAUGACGCGAUGACAGCAGCGGAGCUUGCAGCAAGCGUCAAUGUCCCUGUGGCGUACAUCGACGAUAAGUCCGAGGUGAGUAACGCCAGCAAGGAGCUUGCGUGCAUAUUAGAAGACUUUGGUCUGGAGUACACGGAGGAGGGGUUGAUCAUCGUCAUAACUGCCCUUUCACAGCAACAAUACGCGUCAAUGAGUCGGGCGGUUUUUGAUUUUGCAUGCACCGUUGGAUUAGGUCCUUCUGCAGAGUUAUAUAAAGCGCUAAUGAGGCACUCCUCUCGAAGCGGCGACGUGAAUGCGUCAAUGGCCCUCAUAGAGGAAAUGAAGGCGAAAGGGAUAACACCACGCAUUGGCAAUUGGCACGAACUCAUGCGGGCUUUUCACAAGGCGAAGGACUACCCCGCCGUGAGUCAAAUUGUGGAUAACAUGAAAAUGUACGCCAAUAUCGAACCAAACGAAGUGACCUUUGCUAUUCAGCUAAAGGCUCUUGCCAAGGACUCCUCCCAGCUUAACUCGCUUGCAGAAUCAAUUCAGCUCUUUGAUCAAAUGGAGAAUGUGUAUGGUUUUAUUGCGUCACGGCCGCAUUACGAUGUCAUGAUGUACCAUUUGAGCCAGAGCCCCAAACCAGAAAUGCGGCUUCGUUGCGAAGAACUGGCGCAUAAAAUGGAACUUAUGGGUAUUGUGUGGAACGCCACCACGUACCUCAACCUCAUUCGAUCGGCUCAAGUGGUAGGGGACAUUGUGGCCGUGGAGAAGUACCUGAGCAAAAUGAGAGACGACGGAGUCGUGGCGGGCAUUACACAUUUGUCGUGGGCCAUUCAGGCACAUGCACAAAGUAUCAUUCGCGUCGACUAUGCCGCAAUGCGGGAGAAGGCAGAAGAUCCGCUUCCUCUCUGGCUUGACCACCUUGAAACAUGUUUUGGCAUUUACGACUUGGUUGUCCGACGUGGCUGGACGAUGCAGCUGCCAUUUAUCAAUGCCCUUCUUCGCUUGUGCUGUCAGGCGACAAUAUUGGCGAUGGAGCACACGCCAGGGCAAACAACGACCAUUGGGCGGUUUGAAGAGCAGUCGAACAAGAUAUGGAACCAAACAUUUGAGGAGUGGCACCUCAAAAAGGACGUUUACAGCUAUGAAUGCUACAUUGCCCUCUUGGCGCACCAACAGCGUAUCGACGAGGCAGAAAAACUUUUUCAAGAAAUGGUGCUAAAGGAGGAUUUGACCCCGUCUAGAAGGACGUAUGACUGCCUCAUUUUUAUGCACCUGUCAUCGGGCGAGGAAGGAGGAACGGCGAGGGCCCUUCGGUACUUGGAGGCUAUGGAGCGCGCUGGCAUUCAAAUCAGACCGUCUUUUCUGAAGAAAAUUGUUCGCGUAAACAACGCCGCUGGCUACAAACGUGAUAUGAAGCGACGUGCGCGGCGCAUCAUGCAGGCGCGAGAAGAAUAUCUUGCACGGAAGGAGCACGACUUUGGCUUCAAGGAAGAGCCACCGAUGACGGCGGCGGCGGGGGCGGCGGCAGCAGCAGCAGCGUCGAAGACGGAUGUUGACGCCGAGGGUAAUCCUGUGCUUACCCCUUUGCCAAUUUCGGCGUCCUCCACACUUGCCUGGUGGGAAAACUGGAAAAGAGAAACAGCGAGCAAGCACGAGUUGUUCUCCGAAGAGAACGCGGAUGGCACACCCAAAGGCGAAAAUUUUGAGGAGAAAAAUGAGGCCCUGAGGCAGCUUGGCAUCACUUCUGCAUUUCCGACCAAGUCUCACCUCCCGCGUCUUGACCGGCAAAAGCUGCUGCCUCGGAUUCGCUCAGAAGAGGGGGAAAUGGCCGGAAGCCUGUGGGCAAUGGACGGUGGGGAGUUUUCCUACCCCAAGGAUGGCGGCGGCCCGCAAGGGUGGGGUAUACGACUCUGGCGGGAACGGCAGGUUGUCAAGCAGGAAUACCAAAAAAUCCUCGACGGGUCACAGCCAGUGCCACAGCUCUCCGCCCUAGGGAACGCGGCGCGGACCGCGGACGUCCAGUUAGACAUCGAGAGGAGUGGUGCACAGACGCCAGGGGAGCUCUCGGACUACCGCCAAUACCCGGACCAUCGCUUUGAUACCGGGGCGCUAAAGCCAAGCUCGGAGACGGCACCGGCUGUUCCUCUCUCUGGAGAACUGGUCUGGCAAGGAGAGUCCCGUGACAAGCUGUCGCCCUACAAGUCCGACGAGGAAAUAGCGCUUGAAAACGACAAUACGUUUUUCUCGGAGUUGUCGGAGGAGGCUAUGGGGAAGAUGAGCGCCGCCGUGAAGGCCAUUCAGAGAAAGGAGGAAAACGCUUUGGACAUCAAAGGGAAGGGUGUGACCCGACGCUCCAAGUACGACUACUUGGAAAAAUGGCGAGAGAUGUACCGUCAUGGUACCCUUGAGGUGCCUGAAGGGCCGACGUUGCGUUUUGGUCGUCGCCCAGAAGACCACACGGAUACAAUGGCUUCGUUGGUGCGUGAGUGGUACAGGCGAAACAGAAAAACUCCGGGCACCGCAGAAGACCUCGAACGGUGGGAAAGGGAUGCACAGCGCGAACAGGAGGCGUCUGUGUCACGAAGGGCCCUCAAGAAGAGAAACCGGCUAAGGCGUCAUCACAAAGGGGCGUGA